AUGUCCAUAAUCAAACGCCAGGAUCACGUCAUCACUGCAGACGUCAUCACAAAAUACCUCCUGAUUCUCCAGGACGCACCCUCCGUCAACGGACACCAACACCAGCUACAACAGCAGAAACGUCACCCAGCAAACCAUCUACAGAGACCAAAGAACACGGAAGGAUCUGCAAAGAGAGAACAGCAAACAGAACACUGGCUCAAACAAGUUAACUCACCAGUCAGACGUGUCAACACUGUCGACAGCCGAUUGGCACUGCUGAACAACACUUUGAUUCUUCCAGUUGAGAAGGACCUGAAGGAGAAAAAUCCACACCUUGUGUAUCCUGGGAGACAAAAGUUGGCCUGGAGACAAAAAGGAUUGCAGAUUUUGGCAAACUUAGCAGAGGAACACUUGAAUGAAGUGCUGAUACCUCUUCACCCUGGGCUCAGUCAAGAAAGUGCCAAGAUAAAUCCAAGCAGCAUUCCAAAGGAAGGUUGGAUGGCUGAAUGGCUCAAAACAGCCAUUCAGAAAAUGCUGAAUGAUGUCACUCACUUCAAGAGGCUGGCCAUCUUGUUUCCUCCUCACUGGAUGAUUGUGCAAACAAUUUUGCAAGUGUAUCAUGAUACUCUACAAAGACUGGUGAAAAAGGCUGUGUUGUUGGUUGAAGGCAAUGAUGUUGUCAGACUCUUGGACUUUGUCCUGCAUGGGUACCCAAAGUUCUGCAAACACCACUUCUAUCAAGUUGGUCCAAAAGACCAUCAUCAAAAUCUACUUUUGAAUAAUGCUGACAUUCAGAGGCUCAAGGAUGUCCAUGUUGCUAGUACUUCAGCUUCCAUGGCAAGAUUCAUCAGGCUAGCAGUUGAGACUGAACACAAUGCCAUGUUGAUAAACACCAAGAUGGAGACCACUAUUGGAGGAUUGUACAGAAGAAGCAUCCCUUUGGAUGUCCUGCAGAUGACCAACGAGUAUUUGGAAGUUGCAGAUCUUCUUGGAGACUCUGUCAGGAGGAAGACAUUACAAGUGUUGGCAGCCAGACUGACCAACCUUCCAUCCAUGUGGGGUAAAAGUGUGAACAGGUAUCUCAGGAAGAUGACAGCAGCAGAUGGAUUUUCCCCUGAUGUGGUCCCCAACUUAAUUGCUGUUUGCAAUGACUGUCUUCAGCUCAGGCAUUGGAUCAAAGAUGUCAUCAUGCCAAUAAAGGAUGACAUUGAGCUGAAAUCUGCUUUUGAGAAGGCAAUUGAAAAGUGCCAAGGAAUGCUGAUGGAAACCUUGGACAUUCUUGCAAUGGAGGUGGUUCAAGGACACAAAGUGAUCCUGGCAAGAGUAUUUGCAAAGGACUGGCUGGACAAUUUGUUGGUGCAGAAGAUUUUAAAAGGCACUUUGAUGGACUUCUUCACAGACUUUGACUCUCAUCUGGAUCCACUUUGCAUGUCUCCUUUAUCAUUUCUCUUGGCUGGUCAUCUCACUGCUGAGUACACAACUCAGUUUUGCAAUAACAUCAAGCUGAAAAGCUCAAAGGAAAAGUCAUUUAAACCCAGUAACAGCCAUGAAAGAAGAAGAGCUGGAGAUCAAAUCAAAGCAGAGGCAACAGUUAUGGAGACCUUCUUGGAGCCCAGGAUCUAUAAUUCUCUUUACCCUGACUUUUUCAAUCCGACUAAUGCCUGGACACAUCCAAAAGGUAUAAGGUGUCAUGGAAGAGGGGAUAAAUCCACCAAAGCUGGUAAAUCAUUGGCCAAGCAGACAAUUGCAAGUGUGCCAAUUUCAACUCCUACCCCAACAAUUGCCAGCAGGGUUGCCAGUAUUGGACAUGAAAAACAGACUGCUUCAACAUCUUGGUUUGCCAGCAGCUCUGCAACCUUAAAUCAGUCAUCUCCAUCCUCAUCAAGACCUGACAAUGAGGCAAAGAAGUCUUUUUUGAAUGUCUCACCUGCUGCUGCUGCUGCCACCUCCAGCUGCUACUUCAAUAACUUCCUUCUUGUGCUUGUGCUUGUGGUCAUGUUUGUGUUUGUGGUUGUGUUUCUCCUUGUGAGUGUGCUUGUGUUUCUCAUCAUGUUCAUGCUUGUGCUGUUCCUGGUGUUUGUGCUUGUGCUCAUGGUCAUGGUCAUGUCCAUGUUGAUGGUCAUGCUUGUGGAGGUGGGAAUGCUUGUGCUUGUGCUUGUGUUCAUGCUCAUGUUUGUGCUUGUUGAACUGGCUUUCCAGCUGAACCAGAACUGCUUGAACUUCCUUGACCUGAACUGUCUUGAGGAGCAGCAUCCCCAUAACUCUUUGCAGCUGGUCCCCCACUUGAAGAAAAAAUAUCUUGGCAUUUGUCGGGUCGCAAACCAGCGCCAGGCCAAGGUGCUGUGCGGCGCCAGCAGGAUAGAGUCCUGCCCACGCCAUACCUUACGUGGCGGGACGCUCUGCACCCCAAAGGAAAUACUCACGUGGCGCUAUGAUGCGCUCCAAAGCAACUUUUUGGCCUGGAAGGGGCAACUUUGGCAGAGUGGGAAACCUGCCUGGAAACAGGAUUUAGCCAGGGUCAACUAG